GCAUUGCACUGCCUCUGCUUCAGGACCCGCAAUCCUGCAAAUCUUCCUUUCCAACUUCAUUCAGUCUCCUUCCCAGAAGGCACUUCUCUGACCAAGUUCACUAUCUUGGACGUGUUUGCGCGCUUGUAGGCCUGUUCGGAUCUGACGCGAAACAAAACGAUACACGCACAGAAGCAAAUGAGAGCAGCUGAAAGGACGCCAAACCACCCCGUCUUUUACCACGCUCCUUUGUAUCCGGCAAGCCAAAAGUUGGAGCCAAGACGCGCAACGAGGCUAGGACACAAGACAGGCUGGGCUGCCCAACCCCGACAAUCCCGUCACAUCGUCCACAGCGCGACCGUUUGAGCUUUCACCGCGUGUCUCUAGACAAGUCUUUUUGCCCAUUUGUCGACAUUCUCUUCCCCAUCAAGAGCCAGACUGGUUGGGAAAGCCGCAGGACGUUAUCUGCGCUAAUCCAGGCAACGAUCUGACCUUCGCUACAUCAAACCCUUCCCACCCAACCUUUUGAUACACCACAUAGCAUCGUCCUUCCAAAUCAUACUCCCAUCAUGGCGGACGGUGCACCCGAUAUCAGCACUGUCCUGACGAAUUCGCUCAGUCCUGAUGCGAAUCUUCGAAAUGCUGCUGAGCAACAGCUUACCCAGGCCGCCGACAACAACUUUUCACUGUACCUCGCGACCCUCGUACAAGCACUCGCAGAUGAGAACGGCGAAGGUCACAUCCGAGCCGCUGCUGGUAUUGCCCUGAAGAACGCGUUCACUGCUCGAGAAUAUGCACGGCAGGCAGCACUGCAGCAAAAAUGGCUCCAGCAGACAGACGAACCGACAAAAACCAGAGUCAAGGAGUUGGCCCUCCAGACACUCGGCUCAAGUAACACACAGGCUGGCCAGGCGACGGCUCAGGUCGUCGCCUCCAUUGCAGCCAUCGAGCUGCCCCGCAACCAGUGGCAGGAUCUGAUGGCUUCGCUCGUCCGCAACGUGUCCGAGGGCAGUCCUCACCAGAAGCAGUCCUCUCUAACUACGAUUGGCUUUAUCUGUGAGAGCCAGGAUCAGGACCUGCGGGCCAGCCUGGUCGGCCACUCGAAUGCCAUCCUCACGGCCGUGGUUCAGGGUGCUCGAAAGGAGGAGACGAACCUCGAGGUUCGUCUGGCCGCCAUAACGGCCCUGGGCGACUCCCUCGAGUUCGUUGAGAACAACUUCAAACACGAAGGCGAGCGCAACUACAUCAUGCAGGUCGUAUGCGAAGCUACUCAGGCCGACGACCCUCGGAUACAGCAGGGCGCUUUCGGCUGUCUGAACAGGAUCAUGGGCCUCUACUACGACAAGAUGCGCUUCUACAUGGAGAAGGCCCUGUUUGGCUUGACCAUCCUGGGCAUGAAGAGCCAGGAUGAGGAUGUUGCUAAGCUGGCCGUUGAGUUCUGGAGCACUGUCUGUGAGGAGGAGAUCGCGAUUGAGGAUGACAACGCACAGGUCGAUAGCUCGGACCAGAUGCGACCUUUCUACAACUUCGCGCGUGUCGCUACUAACGAGGUUGUGCCAGUUCUAUUGACCCUCCUGACGAAACAGGACGAGGAUGCAGCCGACGACGAGUACAACAUCUCCCGUGCUGCCUACCAGUGCCUUCAGCUCUAUGCACAGGCUGUCCAGGCCACCAUCAUUCCUCCCGUCAUCCAGUUCGUCGAGGCCAACCUGCGCUCUGAUGAUUGGCACAACCGGGACGCGGCAGUCUCUGCCUUUGGCGCCAUUAUGGAGGGACCCGAUGAGAAGGUGCUCGAGCCCAUAGUGAAGUCGGCCCUGCAGAUCCUCAUCCAGAUGAUGGAGGAUCAAUCUGUCCACGUUCGGGACUCGACGGCUUAUGCUCUUGGUCGUAUCACCGAGGGAUGCUCGGACGCUAUCGACCCGGCCACACACCUCGAGCCUCUGAUUCGAUCCCUCUUCUCUGGUCUCCAGACCAACCCCAAGAUGGGUCCUUCCUGCUGCUGGGCGCUCAUGAACCUUGCCGAGCGGUUUGCCGGCGACCCUGGCGCGCAGACCAAUGCUCUCACUGCUCACUUCAACGACAGCAUCCAGUCCCUUCUCACUGUCACGGCGCGGCCCGACUGCGACAAUGUGGUCCGCACUGCCGCCUACGAGGUUUUGAAUACAUUUGUCACCAAUGCCGCCCAGGACUCUGCCCAAUCGGUCGCCCAGCUCUCGAGCGUCAUUCUUGAGCGUCUUGAGAACACAGUUCCCAUGCAGAGCCAAGUCGUCAGCGUGGAGGACAGGAUCACACUCGAGGACAUGCAGACAAGUCUCUGCUCUGCCCUCACAGCGAUAAUUUCUCGCCUGGACAAGGAGAUCGUGCCGCAGGGCGAUCGCAUCAUGCAGAUCCUCCUUCAGCUGCUGAGCUCAGCUGGUGCUAAGUCUAGCGUUCCCGAGGCCGCCUUCGCUGCCAUCAGCUCGCUUGCGAACGCCAUGGAGGAAGAAUUCGUCAAGUACAUGGAGGCAUUCCUGCCCUUCCUCCACAAUGCGCUCGGCAACCAGGAAGAGCCCGGGCUGUGCUCCAUGGCUAUCGGCCUUGUGAGCGACAUCACCCGAUCGCUCGGAGAGCAGAGCGCGCCCUGGUGCGAUGGCUUCAUGAACUACCUGCUUAACAACCUGAGGUCCACGACCCUGUCCAACCAAUUCAAGCCCGCUAUCCUGCAGUGCUUUGGUGAUAUUGCCACUGCCAUCAGCGGCCACUUUGAGAAGUACCUGUCGGUCGUCGCGCAGGUUCUCCAGCAAGCAGCCACUGUGACCGCGAGCCCUGAGGCAGGCUAUGAGAUGUAUGACUACGUCAUCUCACUCCGGGAGGGUAUUAUGGACGCUUGGGGCGGCAUCAUUGGCGCUAUGAAGGCCAGCGAGAAGACCCAAAUACUUCAUCAAUACGUUGAGUCCAUCUUCCAGCUGCUCAACGUUAUUGCCAACGACAUGAACCGCAGCGAGUCCCUGAUGCGGGCCUCCAUGGGCGUUAUCGGCGAUCUUGCAGAUGCAUACCCUGAUGGACAGCUCGUUGAAGCUUUCCGCCAGGACUGGGUUACCGCCAUGAUCAAGGACACGCGGUCCAACCGCGAAUUCGCGCCUCGGACCAUCGAGACGGCCCGCUGGGCUCGUGAGCAGGUUAAGCGGCAGCUCGGAGGCAGCGCCAACCUCAUGACAACCUGAGGAAUAAAUUGGAGCUAGCUCCCUGUGGCUCCCCCUUCUGUAUUCCGCAAAUCACAUUCUUCCCUUUUAUGACAGCCCCACGAACGAUGCAUCACGACGCAACUGGUCUUCGGACCAUUCACUCCUCUCUGUCUCUCGAAGCUCACGAAAACUUCGCACGAGAGGAAGAUUGCAGCAUUACCCGAUCUCAACCCCCCACCCCCCAUCCCUUUUCAGACAUCACACUACCCCUGGACGGCAACCCACGACACUUGACAACAUAAAUGUACACAACCCCCCGUGCGUUACAGGUUGAGGAGUCGAUAUCCCCCCCCCCCUCUUUCCCCCCCCCAAAUACCCCCCUUCCCCAAAGACACUACACUUAGAACACCUUUUGAAAUGCUGCUAGCUUUGUUAUGUUGCUUAUUCACCCUGGGUUUUCCCAUAUUGGCAAAAAAAAAAAAAGAAAAGGGAAACCACUCGAAUAGCAAAUCAUGUAUCGCCCACGCCACGGCUGGGCAAACUUCACGUCAUGUAAAGAAGGGUGAAAGAGAGGCGUCAAAGGAAAGGCAAGAAAGGCAAGACAAGAGUCGAGCCGAGCCUCGGAUUGGACUCCCUCCAAGUGGACAGGAGCCACCGGGUAAUGCUCGCGUUUUCAGGAUCGGGGGAAGACUUUCUAGCGAUGGGAAAGUUACUCGAUGUUACUCCUGGGCCGACUCGAGGAGUUGAAAGAAGACAAAGACGACACAUCACGGCUACCGCAGACUUUGUUAUUUUUCGGCCGAUGGCAUCCUUUGACCCUUUUGGCUUAUGACGAGAUGCUAGAUGGCGUUUCUACAUCGAGUUGACUUGGCAAGAGAGAGAAAAGAGCUGAUGGCCGGAGUCUGGGAAGACAUAGACGAUGCCAGGCUAUUUGGUCGAGUGACCAUGGCUACUUUAUAAGGCUCGUUUUUUGGUAGCAAAAUCAACACCCUGAAUACCCCCC